GACUCCUUCAUCCAGCUGCCCCUCCCUGGGGGCCCGGAGGACAUCUUCCCGGAGAUGACCCCCCAGCAAGUCCGGCAGGAGAUCGAGCGCUGCAAGGAACUUUGUAGUGCUCUGGAGCAAAACCAUGCGAAGCUACAGACGGUCAAGGAAGCUGUAGAGCAAAGGACACGAGAGCUGAGGAAAGAGGGAGAAAUUCUUCAUAAAAAUCUUGAGCAACAAAUGUCUUUGAACAAAGAGGAAUCCUGCCAGGUGGGCAUUAUUUUAGCAAAGGAAGAGAAGAACAAACUAAGGCAGGAGAAGCAGGUGCUGAAACAGAAACUGGAAGAAGUGAGGAAGAGAGUCCUCUGGGAGGAUCCGGUGAUGAUGCUGCCUACCUUGCCGGAGAAGAAAAUGGUGUUUAAGGGACUUGUGACAAACAAGGAGGAUAUGAACAAGCUGAUGCUCACCCCACUGAUCCGCUACCCUCUGCUGGGGGGCUCAGCUCUCAUCACUUUUGAGAAGGAAGAGGUGGCCCAGAGGAUCCUAGAGAUGAAGGAGCACAUGGUGGAGCUGAGCUGCGGGGAGGAGCUGGAGGCGCUUGACCGGUGCAGAGUGCGAGUGUGGGCAGCACCGGUGGAUAUACUGCUGCCAUCUUCCCUGGAGAUCCAUCUGACGCGGAGCAGCAGGAGUAUCCUCGUGUCUGGCCUGCCCAGCCUGGGCAUCCCAGAGGAGGCUCUGCUGGACAAGCUGGAGCUCUUCUUCAGCAAGACAAAGAAUGGGGGUGGCGAGGUGGAGAGAAGGGAGUUCUUGGAUGACUCUGACCAGGUGGUGCUGACCUUCGUGCAGGACGGAGUGGCAGAGCUGCUAAUUGAGAAAGGACACAUCCAGGUGCUUAUUGGGAAAGGAAAAUAUGAGCUCAAGAUAUCACCGUAUAUGAGUGGAGACAUCACUAACCUACAGCUCCAGCCCUCCCGCUGCCCCAGGACCAUCCUGCUCUCGGGGAUCCCAGACGUGCUGGGUGAGGAGCCCAUGAGGGACAUCCUGGAGAUCCACUUCCAGAAGGCCAGCCGCGGCGGAGGAGAGGUGGACGCUCUUGCCUACGUCCCGGCUGGACAACAGAGAGUGGCGGUUUUCGUGGAGGACGCGGGCUAG